AUGGAGUACGUCAGGAUCCUCGAUUCAGUCAUUAGGAGGCAGGAGGAGUCGGGAGGUCAAAAGCUUCUAGAUCUCCUCAAGAACCCCUUUUCAGCCCAGCUGGCCCAAAAUUCCGUGUACGCCAGUUUGGGAACGUCAAUUGGCUUCACUCUCCUCCUCGCCAUUGGAUUUUCCGCCCUCCGACCCUUCAAUUCCAUCGUAUACGCGCCGAAGCUCAAGAUCGCAGAUGACAAGCAUGCGCCGCCGCCGCUGGGGAAAGGCAUGUUCUCCUGGGUGGCGCCCAUUUUAAAGACGAGUGAGCAAGACCUGGUCGUCCUGAUUGGUCUGGAUGCCGUGGUGUUUAUGCGGACCCUGAAGAUGUGCCGGAAUAUCUUCCUGGUCAUGACGGUUGUGGGAUGUGGCAUUUUGAUCCCGGUGAACUUGGCCAAGGGGCAACAAUUCUCCAGCUCGACUGCACUUGCGCGAGUGACGCCUGUCAAUACCUUUGGAACUGCCAACUGGGGGAUGACGAUCUGUGCAUGGAUUUUCAACGCGAUACUUGCGUUUUUCCUGUGGUUAAACUACAGAGCAAUUCUGAGGCUGCGGAGGCAGUAUUACGACAGUCCAGAGUACCGGGCUAGCUUGCACGCCAGGACACUCAUGAUCAAUGACAUCCCCAAGAAUUUCUGUUCGGACGAAGGGAUUGGAAGGUUGAUUGAUCAGGUCGUGCCCACGUCAUCGUUCUCGAGAACAGCUAUCGCACGAAACGUGAAGGAGUUGCCAGAGCUGAUUGAGCAGCAUGGCCAAACGGUGCGAAGUCUCGAAAGAUACCUAGCGAAGUAUCUCAAGGAUCCGCACAACUUACCUCCCCGCCGACCAGUGUGCGGUCCCUCGAAGGAUGAUCCUAACUGGGGUACAUAUCCCAGGGGCCAUAAGCUGGACGCUAUCGAAUACUUGACAGGUCGUAUAAACCAGUUGGAGACGGAAAUCAAGGAAGUGCGCCUCACUGUGGACAACCGAAACCCUCUGCCAUACGGAUUUGCCAGUUACGAGGAAAUCACGGAGGCCCACAGCAUUGCCUAUGCGGCCAAGAAAAAGCAUCCCCAGGGGACAACGAUUGUAUUGGCUCCUAGACCCACAGAUAUUAUCUGGAAGAAUAUGCCCCUCACCAAGUCCCAAAGACGCUCGAGACGAUUCAUUAACAACCUCUGGGUCACCCUCUUGACUAUAGCAUGGAUUGCGCCAAACGCUUUGAUCUCGAUUUUUGUUAUCAGUCUGGCAAAUCUUGGUCACGUCUGGCCCGCUUUCCAGACAUCUCUAGAACGACACACAACGUGGUGGUCGAUCGUCCAAGGUGUGGCUUCACCAGCUAUCACGUCUUUGGUCUACUUGGUUUUGCCAAUCAUCUUCCGUCGUCUUGCUAUCCGAGCAGGAGACCGAACGAAGACUGCUCGCGAGCGCCAUGUUGCUGGCAAGCUUUAUACCUUCUUCGUAUUCAACUUCUUGAUUGUCUUUUCAAUGUUUAGUACCGUCUGGACGUUCGUGUCGACCGUCGUUGAAAAUACAGCGAACGGUACAGAUGCUUGGCAGGCUAUUCAGGAUGCCAACUUUGCGCAGGCACUUUUCAUAUCCCUUUGCAACAUCUCGCCCUUCUGGAUCACAUGGCUACUGCAGCGAAAUCUGGGAGCUGCUGUCGACUUGGCCCAGUUAUGGACUCUGGUUUGGAGUUUCUGCGUUCGAAAAUUCUCCAACCCGACUCCUAGGGAGAUAAUCGAAUUGACGGCCCCGCAGGCAUUUGACUACGCAUCGUACUACAACUAUUUCUUGUUUUACAGCACUGUAACGUUGUGCUUCGCGACAAUACAGCCGCUGGCCAUUCCAGCCUGUGCUCUGUACUUCAUCAUCGAUGUUUUCCUGAAGAAGUACUUGCUUCUCUACAUUUUCGUCACAAAGACCGAGUCCGGCGGCAUGUUCUGGCGCAUGUUUUUCAACCGGAUGAUUUUUGCUGCCUGCCUCUCAAACUUGGUAGUUUUCCUCUCAGUCUGGGUCCACGGAGACGGCUCCCACAUGGAGGCAUAUUUGAUAAUUCCCCUUCCGUUGCUCAUGUUGGCGUUUAAAUGGCUCUGCAAGAAAACCUACGACGACAAGAUCCACUACUUCGUCCAGGCCAACACGUCCAAAGACCCCGAAAACGAAAACUCCAAGAUCUUCGAUGCCAAGCGUGACAGACUCGCGGCCCGAUUCGGCCAUCCAGUGCUUUACAAACCACUAAUCACACCCAUGGUGCACGCCAAAGCACAGAACAUUCUCGCUUCCGUCUAUGGCGGUCGUCUCACAGACAGCAACGCAAUCGGCGCCAGUGAAUCAGCUUCCAUUUCCGGAUACACUGACACCUACACCCUCGAUCCUAUGCAAGCAGGGCAUGCCGGCAAGAAAUCUCAUGCCGGCAUUCCUGGUUUCGAACUGGUACCUGAGAACAGGCUCGACUUUGCGCAUUUCAAGGGUCGUGCCGAGUUUGGCGAGGAGCACGGAGGCGGCGGUGGUCUCUAUGGGAGAGCAGAGGAUAUGAUCCGCUCUGACACACCCGGUAACUCGACCGCAUACGGUGACUCGUUACCUGGGACGCCUCGGACGGCGACGUUCUCGAAUUUCGGGGGCGCGCCUUCAACAACUGCUCGCGCUGACCGCCAGGCGUCGAGCGGGUCGUAUGAUGCGCGUAGUGAUGCUGGGAGCAACUACAAUUCUAUGUAUGGCCACCGGAACGAAAGCGAAACGAACCUCAUGUCUGGAGCGGCGGAGCCCCCCGUCUCUCACGCGGGAGUGCCCAGUAGCGCCCGAGGUAGAGACCCGAGUCUAGAGCGGCGAGCACAUGGGUUCCUGGGUGGCGGACCGCAGGGCUACGGGGGCCUCCCGCAGGAAGAAGAGGAGCACCACCAGGACCCGAUGAACUAUGAUUAUUUCCGCACCCGGAGGCAGAACGCCGGGUGGCAGGGCUGGGGCGCCUUGGGAAGUUCGAGGGCUUGGCCUGGAAAGGAAUGGCAUGACAUGAUUGAUGACGAGAGUGGCUAUACCUACCUAGCUACUUCCCUAAUACUACACUUCAAGACAAGUUUUUCCUUGUUCUCAGUUAACGGCCAGGAUGCGGCCGUCCCCAACUUCAGGGUACUUCCCCAAGCCAACAUCGGACGCGCUCUGAUCUGGAGGAUCUUGGAUCCAUUCCUGCAUACUACCGGUAUCCUCGAUAAUACUGUAUCCUGGACCCGACCAAAGCCUGUCACAACACUUCCACACGGUGAUUUCGAACAUUCAAUUCAAGGCCUUUGUUCGAGGGUCCGUGCCGCACUGGGUAAGAAAUUGGGUGUUCUCUUUGCGCCGACAGCUGGUGCACCAGCGGCCCUAUUCCAAACUCUCCUACUCUGGUCGAGGGGGCUCGCACAUCAGCCUGGGGACUCGCUGUGUGGAAAGUGUGAGAAGUUCCAAUGUUCAGCAUCACCUGUGCUACCCUCGGGUCACGGAUCUACUUGUAUGAUCCAUCGAAUGUCUCUCGAUCUGACGCUGUCUUUUGACACCCACGACCACAUGGUAGAGCUGAUACCAUGGGUACGCACACUCGAUAGCUAG